AUGAAAAUCCUCGAGGUUUUUAAGAGGUAUUAUAAACAUCAUAUUUAUAUGCAUGUCGAUUUGAAAAAAGAUAAAUACCUAAUAUGCUUAAUAAUAAUUUCCACUAUAGCAAAUGGACUGGUCCCGGCGAUAACUUCAAUUUUAACAGGUCGAGUGUUUGACUUACUUUCCAAUAUUGGCCAAUUCCAUUCAAUGAAUGAAAUUCUUUCCGAACUAACUAUUCGUUCAAUGUCAAUAAUGGCUCUCGCUGCUGCAUGCCUACCUGUUAUGUGGAUAUCAAUUUCGUCGUGGAUGUCUUUAGGUGAAAGACAGGGCUUUGCCAUUAGGAAAAGACUGCUUAACGAAUACUUGGUCAAGCCAAUGGAAUGGUACGAUUGUCAUGAUAAAUUGUUAGGUGAUUUCACCCAAGUCAAUAGAUGCGUCGAAGAGUUAAGAUCUAGUUCAGCCGAAGCGUCUGCAAUAACAUUUCAAAACUUCGUAGCUAUGCUAGCUUUAAUUGGUACAUCAUUUUAUUACUCUUGGUCAUUGACAUUGAUUAUCUUAUGUUCUGCUCCAUUAAUUAUACUUUUUGCCAUUUUGUUCUCUCACAUGAUUCAUAAAUAUACAGAAUUGGAAAACUCCGAGACAGGUAAAGCAGCUCAAUUAUUGAACUGGUCUAUGAAUUCUGCUCAAUUAGUCAAACUUUACUGCACACAAGCUUACGAAAUCCAUUCCUUUAAAGAAUUGGUUGGUCAAUGUAACGAUUUAUUCAUAAAGUCAUGCUUUUAUGUUUCGGCAAAUACAUCGAUAUUGCGGUUCCUAUCUUUAAGUAUGUUUGUACAAGGGUUUUGGUUCGGUGCUAUUAUGGUUAAAAAGGGUAAACUUUCAAUCAAGGAUGUUAUCACUUGUUUCCAUUCAUGCUUGAUGCUAGGUUCUACAUUAAAUAACACAUUACAACAAAUUGUCGUCUUACAGAAGGGUGACGUUGCAUUGAAGAAAAUCUUGGACUUUAUUUCUUUUUCUCAAAGAUCACCUUCUCUAGAACCACCGUAUGAACCAUCAGUUCCAAUAUCUAAUGGUGAAAUUUCAUUUCAAAAUAUAUCUUUUGCUUAUCCUACUAGGCCACAUCAAACAGUUCUGAAAGAUGUUUCUAUUACGUUUCAACCUGGACGUUCCACUUUUAUCAUUGGUAAAUCAGGUUCAGGAAAAUCAACACUAGCAAACCUUUUAUUGAAAUUUUAUAAUGACUAUCAAGGCAGCAUAAAAAUCGGUAACACAAAUGUGAAAAAAAUUAACAAGAAUUGGCUAUUUGAAAAUAUAACAGUUGUCGAGCAGAGGUGCACGUUAUUUAAUGAUACUUUAAGGAAUAACCUUUUAUUAGGAAUUUCAAACUCUAACCAAAAGGUUGAACAAGAUGACAUAGAAAUCUCGCAACGCCUUAAAGAUGCAUGUCGGAUUGCUAUGUUGGAAGAGCUAAUACGUGAAUUGCCAGAUGGUUUAGAUACAAUUAUCGGUGCUGGUGGGGUUUCAUUGAGUGGUGGUCAGCAACAACGUGUUGCAAUUGCCCGUGCAUAUAUAAAAGAUUCGUCAGUACUUAUUCUGGAUGAAGCGGUCUCUGCCCUUGAUAUAAUACAUCGGGAACUGAUAAUGAAAGCAAUUAAAAAUUGGAGAAGUGGGAAGACCACUAUUAUUUUGACACAUGAUCUGAGUCAAUUGGAUUACGAUGAUUUCUUAUAUGUUUUUGAAGAUGGUGAAGUCAAAGAAAGUGGUUAUCAGCAAGCAUUAUUACAAGAUGAAAAAACUAUUUUCUCAAAAUUAUAUGAUAUUCAAAUGAGAAAACAUAUGUCCUAUAGUCCCUCAGAAUCAACCAUUGUUGAAACUCCUGGAGAUGAAAAGAAGAGAUUCUCAAGUACAAAUACAAGCACAAGCACAAGCUAUGAGGUGGAUACACCAAUAUCCAAAGAGAAUAAGAUGUCAUUCUCAACUGGACGUGAUUCAUGGUCAGAAAAUGUCAAACUUUCUGAUGUUCACAGAACUCAAAGAAAAAGAAUAUACUUGCCUGAAAAUAAUAAAAAAAAAUGCGUGGAUCCUGAAAAGGCACUGAUCAAAAUAGACGAGAAGAAAGUUAUGCCGCUAGGUCAGAUCAUUAAGCGGAUGCUUAGAACUAUACGACAAAAAAAACUAUUAAGUUUUGGUAUAUUUUGGUCAUUGAUUGCCGGUGCCACCAAUCCAAUCUUCUCAUACUGUUUCAGUUACCUAUUAAACGGUAUCGUACCUAUGACAAACGGCCAAUAUAGAUCCCAAUUGUAUCUACUUAAAUGGUCCUUCAUUGUUUUAGGUAUUUCUGCUGCUGAUGCUAUUUCUAACUUUUUGAAGUCUUAUAUUUUAGGGUACUGUAGUGAGUUAUGGAUAAUGGAUCUCAGAAAUGAAGCGAUGGCCGCUAUAAUGAAUAAACGAUUAGAUUGGUUUUCUAAAGAAGAAAAUAAGUCCUCUGAGUUAUCUGCUUUAUUAUUAAAUGACUUAAGAGACCUAAGAUCAUUAGUUUCAGAAUUUUUAAGCGCUAUGACAACCUUCAUCGUUGUUUCUUUAGUUGGUUUAAUAUGGGCCUUGGUUUCAGGCUGGAAAUUAAGUUUGGUUUGUAUUUCAAUGUUUCCAUUAAUUAUUUUGGUUUCAGGUAUAUAUGGUUCUACACUACAAAGAUAUGAAACAAUGUACAAAACAGCGGUUGCAGAAUUAGAGAAUCAUGAGUAUGAAAUUAUGACUAAAAUAAAGACAAUAAGAUAUUUGCAAGCAAGUAAAUAUUUUAUUAAAAAUUAUAAAGUAUUAGAAAAUAACUUGAAAAAAAUUGCUCACAAACGUUCUAUUGCUACAGGAUUUGGUAUUUCGAUUACGAAUACAAUUGCAGUCUGUAUCCAAUCAAUUCUAUAUUAUUAUGGUCUAAGGUUGGUUUUCAAAGGGGAAUAUAGCAGUAAAAAGAUGUUUGAAACAUUUACUUUACUAUUGUUCACAAUUAUAUCGUGUACCAGUUUAGUCAGUCAAAUUCCCGAUAUUAGUAGAGGACAACGAGCAGCAAGCUGGCUAUAUAGAAUAUUGGAUGAAAGUGACGACAACAAAGAGUCAGUAGAUUCGGGUAGUAGAAGUGCUGAUAUUAUUAUAUCUGGAAAUACUAACUCUGUUCCCUUAAUAUCGAUAAAAAACUUGAGAUUCAGUUAUCCAUCGGCCCAAACGGUGGAGAUAUAUAAAAAUAUUACAUUACAUGUAACGAGCUCGCAGAAGACAAUCGGUAUAGUAGGAGAAUCUGGUUCAGGGAAAUCGACACUAAUGUACCUUUUAACAAAGCUUUAUAAAACUCCGGCAAAUUCCAUUUAUAUUGAUGGUACUGAUGUCAAUGAAUGGGAUACACUGAAAUUGAGAAAACAGAUCUCGGUUGUAGAACAAAAUCCAACAUUAUUCGAAGGUACUGUUAGAGAUAAUUUAGUUUACGGGACUUUGAACGACAUUAGUGAAAUUGAAAUCUAUGAUGUGCUAAAAUAUCUCGGUAUAUAUGAAUUCAUCGAGAACUUACCAAUGGGAUUAGAUUCAAGGAUUGAUACAAAAUUGGUAUCAGGUGGUCAAGCCCAAAGAUUAUGUAUUGCAAGAGCCCUAUUAAGAAAACCAACCAUUUUAAUCCUUGAUGAAUGUACAUCUGCCUUGGAUGCGGCUAGUGCCCACCUUAUUAAUAAUCUCGUUAAAAAUGGUCUACCUACUGUAUUGACUAUUGUUAUUACACAUAGUAAACAAAUGAUGGAGGCUUGUAACUCUCUUGCUGUUAUCAAGGACGGUAGGCUUGCCGAACAAGGCAAUUUUGCUGAAUUAAUGAAGAAUAACAGCGAAUUACGGAGAAUUAUUAAUGAGUUAGAUUAA